CCUCCACCACAAUCAACUUUUCCUUCUCGAAUUCUACGUUUCAACAAAAUGUCUACUGAAUUUCCCGCAUCCAAUUUUCCGGUUCCCGCUGAUGUAACCGUGAAGCCUCUUGAGAAAUCCAGCUCCACCAAUAGGUGGGACAAAUGCUGGGAGGAAGGUCUAACGCCUUGGGAUUUGGGGGGCCCUACCCCAAUCCUUGUUCAUCUCCACAGCACUAGAUCCCUUCCCAUGGGCAGAGCUCUUGUUCCUGGCUGCGGCAGUGGCUACGAUGUGGUGGAGAUCGCAAGUGCCGAGCGCUAUGUUGUAGGUCUGGACAUAUCAGACAUUGCCAUUAAGAAAGCAAUGGAAUUGAAGUCUGGCUCACCAAAGGCAGAGCACUGUACUUUCUUAAAGACUGACUUCUUCACAUGGUGUCCAGAUCAGUUGUUCGAUCUCAUAUUUGAUUACACGUUUUUCUGUGCCAUUGAACCCGUGCUAAGAUCGUCAUGGGCCAAGAAAAUGUCAGAGCUUCUGAAACCAGAUGGGGAGCUCAUAACACUAAUGUAUCCGAUAGAUGAUCAUGAGGGUGGCCCUCCGUUUAAAGUAUCAGUUUCCGAUUAUGAAGAGGUGCUGCAUCCUGUUGGUUUCGAAGCAACAUGUAUUUCAGACAACGAGUUGGCUAUUUCUCGUCGAAAGGGACGAGAGAAGUUAGGGAGAUGGAGAAGAUCUCAAUGCGAAGCAUCGGUUUAAUCAUAUUCUGUUGAUAAACACUGGGAUAUGCUGCCAAGCUAGCAAGUUAUAGGAUGAAGUUGCUUGUCUAUCUCGUUUCAGUCGUCUCUGCAACGAAAAGGGAAGGAAAUAACCGGUUAUUCUUUGAUUAAACAUACUUAUAGAAGCAUGUUUCCAGAUUUAUGAGAUCAUUAUAAGAAUCCAGAACUAAUAAGGUUGUGGACUAAUGCUUUAGUUAGUUGUUGGAACAUAAUUCUGAAUUCUUCAUAGUUAUGCUUCAGAACAUUGUAAGUAAAUUUUUUGCGGCAAAAUCCUAUGGUUCUUGUAGAUUGUUAAUGUGUGAUGUGGUUGCAGCUGUUAGCAAUCAUUUUUGUUU